AUGUCCUCCCCAAUCUCCGACCUCAAGUUGGCCCAGCCUUUGACCCUCCCCAACGGCCUCGUCCUGCCCAACCGGCUCAUCAAAGCCGCCAUGGCCGAACAGCUCGGUUUCGGCAACCACCUUCCCAACCCCGAACUCAACGCGGUAUACGCCACCUGGGCGCGCGGAGACUGGGGCAUGAUUUUGACAGGAAACGUCCAAGUUGACCCAUUGCACAAGGGCGACGCGCACGAUAUCGCGCCUGGUCACCCUGGUACCACGCCGGAGCAGACGUUGACUGCUUUUAGGGCUUGGGCUGAUGCUGCGCUUCUUAAGUCUGACGGGGUGGAUGGGAAAAAGGAAAGUAAGACGCCCGUGGUGAUUCAGAUUAAUCACCCCGGCCGCCAAUCGCCAAUGGGCGCUGGAACGAGGGGAUUUUUGGAAAAGGCGGUGGCGCCGAGCGCGGUGCCGUUGGUUCUUGGGGAGGGGUUGGUGCCUAGACUGGCUUCUAAGCUCCUUUUUGGUACACCCCGUGAACUUACCGUCCCGGAAAUCAAGGACAUCGUCAAGAAGUUUGGCGCCACCGUCAGAAUCACUGCCGAGGCCGGGUUUCAGGGUGUAGAAAUCCAUGCUGCGCACGGAUACUUGCUUGCACAAUUCCUGUCGAAGAAAACCAACAAGCGGACGGACGAGUACGGCGGGUCGGCGGAGAAGCGGGCGAGGAUUGUGGGGGAGAUUAUUGAGGAGUGUAGGAGGCAGGUUAAGGAGGCGCUGGGUGAGGACUCGGAAGAGGCGAGGAAAACAGGAAAUGCGGAGGAGACGGAUACCACCGAGGAGGUGUUGAGGCAGAUUGAGCUGUUUGAGCAGUGGGGGGUGGAUUUUGUGGAGGUUAGUGGUGGGAGUUAUGAGGAUCCUCAGAUGGCCAACGGCCCCAAGCCCGAGAUCAAACAAAAAUCCGAACGCACCAAAGCCCGCGAGGCCUUCUUCCUCGAAUUCGCCAAGAUCAUCCGCACCAAGUUCCCGCAACUGCCGCUCAUGGUCACCGGCGGCUUCCGCACGCGUCAAGGCAUGGAGGCCGCUCUGGCCUCUGACGACUGCGACAUGAUUGGUAUCGGCCGUCCGGCCAUCAUCAACCCUUCGCUUCCGGCCAACUUGAUCCUCAACCCUGAGGUUCCCGAUGCGGAUGCCAGGCUUUUUGACAAGAAGGUCGAGCCGCAUUGGAUCUUUGAGAAGUUGGGCAUGAAGAGCGUUGUGGGCGCUGGUGCGGAGAUUGGUUGGUAUGUGAGCGAGCUGAAGAAGUUGGCUAAGUUUUAG